GGCAGUCUUUAUAAAACGACUAUAAUUACAGCGAGUCCCAGACAAAGGCCGCCUACAGCGCGAGAGAGUUUCUGUUGUAAUUUGAUCAUUUGGCUCUGGUGCUCAAGACUCUCCCCAAAGCGAUGGGGGUUGCUUAACUUUUCGGAAAAUGAUCACCGACUGCCACAUCAUUCCGUUUAUAGAAAACAAAAUGCUUACGGUUUUUAUCAUUUUAAGCGCUUUAGCGACAUGCUGGAGCCUCCCGCGGCGGUGUACACCAGAUGAAGAAGCAAUAGGAAGAUGCAAAACAUCUGCAGAAGACAGACCGCAGUGCAUAGAGAUGGUGCUUGGCUACUGCCAGGAUGUUACGUACAGCUACACUACAUUCCCCAACAUUGUGGGGCACCGUACACGGCAGGAUUUAGAGAUGGGUGCAGAGUACCUGCUCCUGAGUGUGAUCCAGAGUCUGCUGAAAGGAGAGUGUACUCCAGAUAUCCGUCUGUUGGGCUGCUCAGUGCUGGCCCCCCGUUGUCAAGAUGGCAAGAUUUUUAAGCCAUGCCGUAGCUCGUGUGAGAUGGUGAGAAAGAGCUGCAUUCAUGCCUUUGAAGCCAUUGAAAUGGCAUGGCCGUACUUUCUGGAUUGUGACCGAUUCUUUGUUGGUGACGAGGAGGGUUGUUACGACCCAUUGUCACAGCUAAAAGCAAAGCAGGAAGUGACUUUUGCCAACAUUUCUGAUGGUGGACUUUCCACCGUCCUUCAGUUCAUUUAUCACUCUAACUCCCAGAUGUUCAGUGUCCUCAAGAAGACGGCAGCUAAAUGCUCGCAUAUCUCUCAGACAUACAGCAUCGGACGCAGUGUGGAAGGCAAAGAUUUGCUGGUUAUUGAAUUCUCCAGUAACCCUGGACAACAUGACCCACUGGAGCCAGAGAUAAAGCUAAUUGGGAACAUGCAUGGAAAUGAGGUGCUGGGCAGGCAGCUGCUGAUAUACCUGGCCCAGUAUCUGUGCUCCGAGUACCUGCUGGGCAAUGAGAGGAUUCAGACCCUCAUCAACACAACACGCAUCCACAUCCUGCCCUCCAUGAACCCCGAUGGCUAUGAGGUCGCAGCCUCUGAGGUAGCUGAUAGGAACGACCCCGAAAACAUCAACCAGGAAGGCCAUGAGUUCAAUGGAUGGACCAGCGGUCGGACCAAUGCACAGAAUCUCGAUCUCAACCGCAACUUUCCUGACCUUACCUCCAUCUUCUACAAUCGUCGUCGCUUUAGACAUUUCCGUAGUGACCACAUCCCCAUUCCUGACUCUUACUGGAUGAAUAAGGUGGUUGCACCAGAGACCUACGCUGUAAUGAAGUGGAUCAGGUCCAUUCCUUUUGUCAUAUCUGCCAGUAUGCAUGGAGGAGAACUGGUCAUCUCAUACCCGUUCGACUUCUCUAGAAACCCCCAUGAAGACAAAAUGUUCUCUCCCACACCAGAUGAACAAAUCUUUAGGCAGCUGGCUAGGAUUUAUGCGGAUGCUCAUGCUACUAUGUCCAACAGUGACACAGAGAGAUGUGGAGCCGCGUUUGCCAGUAAAGGAGGGAUAACCAAUGGAGCACAAUGGUACAGCUUUGCUGGAGGAAUGUCAGACUUUAACUACCUGCACAGUAACUGUUAUGAGAUCACCGUAGAAUUGGGCUGUGAUAAAUUCCCAUCUGAAGAGGAGCUCUACCCCGAGUGGCGCAGGAAUAAAGAGGCACUGCUCAGCUUUAUGGAGUCUGUCCACAAAGGUAUAAAAGGGAUUGUGAAAGAUGAAUACGGCAAUGGCAUUAAAGGAGCCACAAUAUCUGUUAAGGGGAUGCGGCAUGACAUCACUACAGCUGAGGAUGGCGAUUACUGGAGACUGUUAAACCCCGGUGUCCACAUUGUGACUGCAGCUGCUUCCGGCUACUCGAGAGUAUCGAAGCGCAUUAACCUACCGAGGAACCUGCAGGUGGGCCGGGUGGACUUUGUGUUAAAAAAGGUCCCGCAAGAACCCUCUCUCGACUACUUCAACAUCCCUGAACUGGACAACUACGAGCGUUUCGAUCCGUUCAAUCAGUUCGAGCAGUACAGCCAGAGAGAGCUUGGAGAGAAUGGCGAGGAAAGGACUGAGAAACCGUGGUGGUGGGCUUAUUUCAGCCAGUUAGGGAUAUCUGCACCCACCUGGCUCUUACGGAACUAUUAGAGCUCCUCAGGGCAUCGCUGAAAAGCAACUAGAUUACUAUUUUUUGUACCCGAGCCCUACUUGAUGAUUCAUGUCAGAACGAUAGCUUUAUUUGACAUGCAAUAUGUGCAGCUAACCACUAGGUAUGGUGGAAAUAUUAGUGCUAUUGUAUAGCUUGUGUUAUAUUUAAGUCUUGCAGAGAAUCAGCAUUCUGAAUUUUAACAGCACUCAAACAAAUUAAGGCAUUGGCUGUAGUUUAUUCUUAGGCCAUGUUUUUAUAUCACUUUCACUAACACAUGAAUUGCAUGAUUUGUAAGGCUGUCAUUAAACCAUUUAAGUGUUUUAACAA